AAUUAAAACUAAUAAAAUCACUCACACAUUUAUUAUUUAUAUACUUCUUAAUUCCUCAUGUGCGUGUAUAUAUUGUUAUUUUUUUUACUGUCAUUUUUUUUUAAUAUUUGGUUUUUGAAAGAUGUCACCAAUUUUAAUUGAUUCCAAAUUAUUUAAAAAGGCAAGAUCGAAGACAUCAACUAGCUCCGAUUAGCAUAGAAAAAUAAAGUGUACUGUUGAAGGAUGCUCCAAAGAGACAUUUGAUCUAACUAGGCAUUUACGUGGAAAAAAACACAAAAAUAUUCCAGAAGAAUACAUAAAAAAAGUCUUAUCCAUUUUUAAUCUGAGAAAAAGAUCAUCAGAUUUAAAAAAAUCAAGUAAGUACACUGUUCUUGGUUGUCUUAGUUCUAUAUUGAGGGUUGAUGAUCACUUGGAAAAGUUCAUGGACUUAAAUCAACUGAUGAGAAUUACAGAACUUUAAUAGAACACUCAAAAUCAGUUAAUUUUCAAAAUACUACAACGGAUAGCUUGUUAUCACCCUUUAAGUAUUUCAAAAAUUGAUCAAGAAUAAAGGAAACAACAGUUCUUUCACUUUCAGUACCUGAAAGUGAAAAAAUUUGAAGUUUUUGUAGUAAACCUCAAAAGGAAAAAGAGUUAAUUAUGUCUCCUAGUCCAGGAGUUAGCAUUUCAUCUGCUACAGUUAGUUCUUCUUUGCUUAGUCCAGUUGUUAGCAGUACUUUGACUACAAAUAGUUCUUCUUCCUCCAAUGUUGAUGUUGAUGCAGAAGAAAAACCUGAUUCAGACGCUGAAUCAAGCAUUUUUGAAACAGAAGAUGAUUCUAGUGACGAACUAUUUGUUUCUAAAAGUAUUUUAUUGCCUCUUCGAAGCAAUAUACUUACGUUUUUAGAAGAGUUUCAGAACUUUUUGCUUGGUCCAGAAAACUUGAGAGACAAAUGUUCUGCACUAGUAAGUGUUGGUGAUGUCAAACGAUUUUUUCAUCUUGUUGAAGCUAAAGAAAACAUUGCAGAUGUUUUUAAUGUAAAUACAAUUCGGGAUAUUUUUAUUUCAAAGCUGGUAAACAAAAACCUAAAUCCAGGAUCCAUAAAAAAGUAUUUGUAUUCCUGAUUAACUUUUGUGAUUUUUUGUUAUUAGACAAAUCAGCUAUGUUGCUGUCUAAUUGCAACAGCUCAUGUGUAAAUCAUCUAAAGCUAUGUAUAAGUAAAUGGAGGAAGACAUACAAUAAAGAUGAUAAAAAAAUAUUUUAGGAAAGACAAAAAACAGAUUAUGACUCAAGAAUUACACCUGAGCAGGUGAAAGCUUAUUACAAAUCUGAAAACUCAGUUGAAGCGUCUAAGCUUUUUGAUGUCUAUGGCACUAUUUCUAAAACAGUCACUAAAUUCAAAUAUACUAUCAUGAGAGAUCAUUAUAUUGUUGUGAUACGUCUUGAAAAUGCUAACAGAUCCGGUGAUCUAAUAGGUCCAGCAAAUUUUUUUGCCUUUGCAGUUGAACCAUCCAACUAAAUAUUGAUGUGUCUUAAUGGCAACUCAUUCGCCUGCAGAAGGCAAACAAUCCAUUGUAAAGCACGCCCAAUGCUUACUUUAAUCAAAAGUUUAUUCCCCCUUCUGCUCUAACAUUUGUGUUAUUGUCAUCACACGCCUAGGCUUUAAUUUGAUCAAUUGUGUUUUUUUCUUGCAGAAACUGGACGAAGAUUUAGAAACGGUUAUAGCUUUACCAUCGGUUGGUGAUACAUGACCCAGGAACUUUCCAUAAGGGAGUGAAACUAUUGUAACAUGUUCUUUAGUUUUCAUUGAUUGAUAGUGUUUUUCGCCUACUCUCUUUUGCGUUGAAGUAACAUCUUUUCAACCAUCGCAACCAAUUCCACAACACAUUACUAAUGGUACUGCAUCGUCUUCUUCUAAUUUUACAUUAUUAGCUGUGCGAACUUUUCAUUUGUCAACUAUUUCGGAAAUAUUGUAUAUACGAAAAGUGGCAUUAACAAUCGAAACAGUUGCUCUAUUAGAGAUCAAUGCACCUUUACUUCUGCUAUCGAAGUCAUCGCUUUUUAAAUAAACUAUGGGCUUAUUUGAAGGAUUCAGCGACAUAUUUUAUUAAACUAGCAUCAUUUGGUCUGUAUAUACAACUGAUAAGUAUAUGUUUGUUGUUAUACAAACACAUACAUAUAUAUAUCAUGUUAUACAAACAUAUAUAAAUAUAUAUAUACUAGCUGAGUUUGUAAGUCUUUUCCACACAAACCUUUUGCCUUAUUUUCUUAAUCUAGCUGUCCGUAUCGGUAAAUACAGGUCUUUUCUUCUACUUCUAUAUUUAUCAAUUCCACGCCAAUCAUUUCUUUACUUGUUCUUUAUUUACUUCAAUAUUUUUUAGUAAA